AUGCGUCUUCCACAACACUCCCUCCCAACCCCCACCAUCCCCCCUAAUAUUUCCUUGGCCACAUCCGCCGCGUACAUCGCAUGUUAUGUCCUCAUCAAAUUGGGUUAUUUCGUCAAUUUAAAGAAAUCCAGCCUUGUCCCCCAGCUCACAGUUCCUUUCCUUGGUUUCCUCAGUGACGCGGUCCGACAGGCAUUUAUCCUUCCCCAAAACAAAAUAGAAAAGUUUAGUCUGUUGCGCGAAUCCAUCCUGGCCAAGAAAUCUGUAUCCUUGCAAAACCUUCAAAAGUUGGGCGGAAAAAUUAUUUCCUUCACCAUUGCUGUGCCGGCUGCAAGGUUAUACGCCUUCGCUAUCUUUCACGCCACAUCCGUUGCUCUCUCCACGGGUCGACCGGUCCCGCUCAAAGGUGCCCUCCUUGAAGAAAUUUCGUCUUGGCGUUUUCUGGACUCUUGGUCCGGGUUCCUCCCUUGGCGAGAAGAACAACAUAUACGCCUUCACUUAUACUCAGAUGCCUCGAAUGCUGGUUGGGCGGGGAUUAUACACUUCCCCGACGAAACCCCCACUACUGUAAAAGGCCCAUGGGGUGACCACGAGCGCUUAGCCCCCAUCACCGUCCGUGAAGCCUUGGCCCUUGUCCAUACACUCCACGCGGUCUCUGACCGGUUAACCAACGCCCGGUUAGAUUGUUAUGUCGAUAGCUUGGUCCUCGUUCACGCGUGGCAGCAUCAAGGAUCACGUAGCCCUGCCUUGGCCAACGCCCUCAAGCAAUUGUUCUCCAUCGCAUUUACCCAUAAUUUUGUCCUGACCCUUUUUCAUAUCCCUGGCUCAGAAAACCCGGCCGACCACCCCUCCAGGCAGUUGUCAGACAUUGACUGCACUCUCAGCUCUGCUGCUUGGCAUGAAGUGGAACGCGCUUUCGGCCCUCAUACCAUAGACCUCAUGGCACUCCCUGCUAACGUAGUCAGUGCUCCGUCGGGCCAGCCACUCAAAUUCUUUUCCCCAUUUUACACAGAGCAAGCCGCUGGAGUCAACGUAUUCGCCCAACUUAUUUCCCCGCUUGAAAACGCCUACGUCUUCCCCCCUUUUACACUCAUUGGUCCACUGAUCAAGUUCCUCAACCAACAGCAUGUGUCCUAUACCAUCAUAGCCCCAGAUAUCUCCCCACGCCGUUAUUGGUGGCCACUUCUGCUCAACUUGGCCUCCGCCUCCUUUUGCCUCGGGAAUAAAGGGGACACCUCCAUUUUGCGUUUUCCCUCUUAUACCAAAGAAGGCUUCACCCCUCGUCCUUUGCAGUGUGGUUUCAACAAAGAAUUACCUUCUACGUCCGCUCCGCCCAGGGUUCGAAUAGACUUUCCUUCAAUUAAUGCCCGUUUGUCCUUGCUUCACGCCACGCGAAAUGAGAAACCAUAUCAAAAACAAAAAUCACAACUACAAACACAAUUUGAGGCUUUCAUGGCCUCCUUACCAUCACCUAAAUCAAUCCUUUCCGCGACACCCGAAGACAUAAUUCGUUUCCUCAUCUGGCGGGACCAAUUUGGGAAAACUGUCAUUCAUCAUCGUAUAUGCCCUCAUUUUGGUGUUCGCGACCGGCAACCACCAUGUGACUGUCCUCGAAGGCUGGCUGCUAAUACUGUGGACAAUAAUAUCGCCAAGCUGCGAACUAUAUUCCUUUCUGCUCGUCGUCCGGAUCAGAUAUCUGAUGGCUUGCCCCCCUAUAACCCCGCCGCACACCCUUCAGUCAAGCAAUAUCUGGCCUCUAUUUGCGAGGAACAGGCGAAGGCAACUAUUUCUCCCAAGCAGGCUACCCCCCUCUUCCAUGAUAAGUUCAAAGUACUUUGUACCCACCUCCACCAACGAAUCCGCCAACAUGACCUCUCUCCCACCUUGUGCUAUUUAUACGCCCGUGAUCUAGGUUUCUUUUCCAUCGACUUCUACUCAGGCAGCAGAGCCUCCGAUCUGGGUAGAAUCCACACCAAGCAGGUUCUCACCCUUCCUGAUAGCGGCGGCUUUCUAUUCCGACAAACCUUUGGAAAGACCCUCCGUAAUCGCCUUCACCUCCACCUUACCACCCUACACAUUAAUGACGGUGAAACCGCACACAGCUUCCGUUCCGGUUGCUCGAUCACCUUGUCCCUUCUCGGCUUUUCUGAUCAGGAUAUUGCUCAACAUGUCGGAUGGAAGUCCACCUCCACAGCCCGGUAUUACUCCAACACUCACCAAGUUUUACAUCCCUCUACGACCACCACACUUCUUACCGAAGCUACAUCACAAGUCGACAUUCCACAUGCCUCCGCCAUCGGCACAUCUUUUCGAGCCCGCAACAAUUUGGUCAAUAUGUCUCUCGCAUUUCCAUAA